UCAGGUUUUCACAAUAAAUCAUAUUGUCUGUGAUUAUAGUUACUUCCGAGACUACUUCGCUUAUGUUCAAUUAUAAGAACAAAAAAUGGGUAACGAUCUAACUUGACGGCUUUCACCACAGAAUAUAAUAACCAUAACAAUUACCGUUAACCGACGAUACAAGCGUGUAAAAUUGAAAAACUUCGACGGCGCAUUAUCCGGCUAUCUAAAGUAAUUAAAGCGGCAGAUAACGCGAUAGAUAUUUACGACAAAGUCGCGUCGAAACGCAUGUCAACAAACUUUGUUAAUUUAAAAACUAAAUCCGGCGUUUGGGAUAUAUAUACAACCUGACAACCUGACGGGGUCACAUGCUCGACGGUGGAACCUGAUUAAUUCGGUCGAGCAAAGUGAACGUCUUUGAAAAUGGUGCGCGCGUGGCUAGUGCAAGAGGAAAAAGGCCUCGAGACGAAAUUCGUCCCGCUAGAAGAGUUAUACAAAACUAGCGGUGUUGAAUAUUAUCAGGUGGACGUGGACAACUACAGCAGCGAUCCUCUAUUGAAAAACCUCGUCACCGGACGAGGUAACGUCCACCAGGACGUCAUAGAAAUCAAUCCGUCGGAAAAACCGGAAGUUUAUCAGCAGGAACACUUCACUUCCGAUGAUCAACUUCAACUCGUCCUUGCGGGAUCGGCAUAUUUCGAUGUCCGCGACAAAUACGACGAAGUGAUUCGCAUCGAACUACUGCCGGGUGAUUUGAUUGUCAUACCGGGAGGAUGUUUCUUCAGUUUUACCGUCGACAAUAAGAGUCAAUACAAGGGCGUGAGAUAUCUCAAAAACGCCUCCUAUCAGGUGUACCACAGGCAUUCCGAUGACAUUCCAAGUCGCAAAGAGUACGUUCACAAAUUAUACAACGGAGCUUUCGAUCAACCGAUUUAGAUUUUUCGACGAUUCGGAUUCACUGACAGACAACGUUAGCAAUUGAAACCGUCAUUGUAAGUUUAUAUAGUUUACCCAGUAGAAUUAUAAUUAUUACCCAAUAAAGCUAUUUUGCAAUUAGAACAAUAA